CUCAUUCUCACUACUCACAACCACGCCCAAAGCCCCAAAUCCUUUGCCCAUCGUAGACUGGCCCCUGGCCGUCGCUCUCGCCAGUCGAUCUCGCCGCCGUCGCCCUUCAGCCCUUGGUCGUCGCUCCUGCCGAUGCCCAUCCCAGAUUCCCAAUCCGGCAGUCCCCGAUCCGUACUUCCUGACUUCUUGUCUUCCUCAAUCCUCAGUGAAAUUUUGGUUCAACAUACUUGAUAGGAUUAGAAACCCGGAAGAGAAUAGAGCUUUUUAUUUUUAGGAAUCAGGUCAGCGGCAGCAAUGUCGGUGACGGCAGGUGUUAGUGAUACUGUGAUUGCCAUUAGGGAUAAGCUGAGAGGUAAAAUUGGACAAACUAAGGUUAAGAGGUAUUGGCCCGGAAAAGCUCCCGAGUGGGGAGAUGAUGCGAAUGAAGAUGGCGAUAUUAGGAUGUCUGCGGCUGCCUCCCUCGAGAAAGCCUUCCCCACUCAGGAUUAUUCGGAUGUCGGAAGGAAAGAUGAUCCGAGGCUGCGUCGUUUGGCUGAGAGCAGGAUAGAUAAUCGUGAGGAUGUUAGGGCUGAUCAUAGGCGUAUCCGGCAAGCUGAGAUUGUUUCGACGAUUGAAGAGGAAGCCAGGAGGCAGGAAGGCAUAGAUGCGGAGGAAGAGGAUCCGGAUGCUUUAGAGGAAAAGAGGAGAAGGAUUAAGGAGAGGUUGCGUCAGAGGGAGCAAGAAGAAGCUCCACUCCUGCCCUCGGAAGAUGAGGAAGAAGAUAAGGAAGAGGAGGAGGAAGAGGAAUCAGAGUAUUCAACUGACUCUGAAGAUGAGCAUGGUGGUAUGAUGAUGCUGAAGCCAGUUUUUGUUCCCAAGGCUGAGAGAGAUACCAUCGCUGAACGGGAGCGAAUUGAGGCAGAAGAACUGGCCCUUGAGGAAGCAAGGAAGAAAAAAUUGGAGGAGAGGAAAAGAGAGACAAAGCAGAUUGUGGUUGAGGAAAUCCGAAAGGAUGAAGAGAUUCAGAAAGGUAUGGAACAGGACGCUAACAUUGCUGAUAUUGAUACUGAUGAUGAACUUAACGAGGCCGAGGAGUAUGAAGCUUGGAAGGCAAGAGAGAUUGCCAGGAUCAAGAGGGAUAGGGAGGAAAGGGAAGCAUUGUUGAAGGAAAAGGAAGAGAUUGAAAGAGUAAGAAAUAUGACAGAAGAAGAGAGGAGGGAAUGGGAGAGGAAGAAUCCUAAACCUGCACCACGACCAAAGCAAAAGUGGAGGUUCAUGCAGAAAUACUACCACAAAGGCGCUUUCUUCCAGUCGGACGCAGAUGACCAUGCUGCAACUGUUGGAACAGAUGGAAUUUUCACUCGUGAUUUCUCUGCUCCAACUGGAGAAGAUAAAAUGGACAAAACUAUAUUGCCGAAGGUCAUGCAAGUCAAGCAUUUUGGUCGUAGUGGGAGGACAAAAUGGACCCAUCUUGUGAAUGAGGAUACUACUGACUGGAACAAUCCGUGGACCUACAAUGAUCCUCUUCGGGGAAAGUACAAUGCUAAAAUGGCAGGAAUGAAUGCCCCUAUAGAGAAACCCAGAGGAAGCAAGAAGUUGAAGGAUCACAAGUAUUAUUGAGUUUCACGACUCUCUGUCUCAUCUAGGCGUUAAAAGCCAGGUUUCUGUUUAAAUGUUUUCUUGGAUGAUAUACAUGCUUCAGGUGGUACUAGUGCAUGAAUCUUCACAUUGUAGAAUUUGCUAGUCUGAUCACUGGUCCUGGUUUCAUAAUAGUAUUUUAAUGUAACUCGAGACUAGAAUUACUACUGUAGAAUGAUUUCUGAAAAUUUUACCUCUAUUGUCCUAGUUAAUAUUCAUACUUGUUC